AACCCUUCUUUUCCCCACCCAGGUUUGGAAAGUCUUUGGUAGCGUUUAUUUUCCAAACUGACUAAUAUAGAGGGUUUGGACAGCAGCGAAAUCAGACAAAAUAUAAGGAAGGAACACACAAGGACACUACACCAUGAGUGAAAAUAACUCGGAAAGCUACGGUAACCAGGAACUAUACUUAAAGUACGAAGGGCUCUUACUGCCCACCAUCGUCCAUACUCCCGAGACCCUCCGCUAUGCUCAGGAGUUUAAAGUACGAGACGACGAUAUCUUCAUUUCCACGUACCCAAAAUCUGGUACAACAUGGAUGCAAGAAAUAAUACCACUGAUCUUGAAUGAGGGGGACAAAACACCAGUUCUGACUGUCCCAAACUGGGACAGAGCACCUUGGUUGGAAGAAAACCGUGCACAUCUCUUUCUGGAUGAGAGACCAUCACCUAGAGCAAUUGUAACACAUCUACCCUAUCGGUUAAUGCCACCAGCUUUUUUCAAAUCUAAAGCAAAGGUAAUUAAUGUUGCAAGAAACCCACGAGAUGUAAUUGUUUCAUCCUAUCAUUUUCAUGUUAUGGCCAGUUUCCUGGAAGAUCCUGAGUCUUUUAAUGAAUUCUUCAGCAAAUGGUUGUGUGGAGAAGUGUUCUUUGGCUCUUGGUUUGAGCAUGUGAAAGGUUGGUUGAAUGCGAAAGAAAAGGAUCGAAUUAUAUACAUUACCUAUGAGGAGAUGCUGAUGGAUCUGAAAGGAGCCAUUAAAAAAUUAUCUAACUUUGUUGGGAAAGAGCUCAGUGAAGAUAUAAUUGCUGACAUAGCAGAACACUGCACUUUCAAGAAUAUGAAAACUAAUAAAAUGUCGAAUUACUCUUUGGUACCAGAAGAUAUAAUGGCACAUAACAAAUCAGAAUUCUUAAGAAAAGGAGUAGCUGGUGACUGGAAAAACUAUUUCACUGUGGCACAGUCAGAGCACUUUGACUCAUUCUAUCAAGAGCAAAUGAAAGAUGUGAUGCACCACUUCAUUUGGGAUCAUUCUUAGGACUUAUUUAGGCAUUCAUUUCUGUGUCAUUUGUGAGAUGAAUUGUGCUAUUGUAACACUGCUAAAAAUGUUAACAUUUUCUUUGUUUGUGUACUACACCUGGGAUAACAUUGUUUGGCAUUAACUGUCUAAUUAACAUUGUGUGGGAUUAUUAUUACUAUUAUAACUGAUAUUUGUGGUUUUAGUUUCUAAUAUGCUCAUCCUCUAUUCUGCUUCUUCCAUAUACUGUAAUUCUUUGUGCAUUUUCUGUUUAUUUUGAUGCAUUAGUUACACUAUCUUGGUGUUGUUGCAAAUCUCUAAGGAAUUCACAUUUAAGUGAUAGUGUAGAGAAGAUGGUGCUAGUAGGAGUGCUUCCUAAACAUGAUGUUAAUUAAUAUCUUAUCUUGAAAGUACAAUUGUGUACACUUACCGUAAAUGUAGAUGUUCAAGUGUAUUCACUGUUGCAGUCAUCACAUUUGGGUUAUCCCUGCCAGAGUAGCCCUAAGUC